AUGGCAGAACCCGACGAUGUCGAGGAAGAUCUCUUUGCAGACCUCUACGAUGCGGAUGAGAACCAUGGUCCUGGCAAGAGUGCUGUCCCUGCUACUGCACAACCUGCCUCUACCGAUACCGUAAUGAAAACUACCGAGCCACCAGGUUAUGGUGAAGAACCAGAGAUCGCCUACGACCCUACCUCCUUCGAUACAGAACCUCAGGGUCAAGAUGAACACCCCAACGGAACCCAUAGUCCAAAGCAAGUUCAAGAAACGCAAGAGAAGCCAUCACAGCCCGAGGUCUUUAAUGUCAAUAUGAAAGAGGAUGGAAAAAUGUUCAUAGGAGGACUUAAUUGGGAAACAACAGACCAAUCUCUUCAUGAUUAUUUCUCCCAGUUCGGCGAAGUUCAAGAAUGUACCGUCAUGCGGGACAACGCCACUGGCCGCUCACGAGGCUUCGGAUUCCUCACGUUCAAGGACCCCAAGACAGUCAACACCGUGAUGGUCAAAGAACAUUUCUUGGAUGGCAAAAUUAUCGACCCCAAGCGAGCGAUCCCCCGAGACGAACAGGAAAAGACGGCCAAGGUAUUUGUGGGUGGCGUCAGUCAAGAUGCCACCGAAGAAGAUUUCGAAAGCUUUUUUGCCCAAUUCGGGCGCGUCAUCGAUGCCACCCUGAUGAUGGACAAGGACACUGGCCGGCCGCGAGGGUUCGGGUUCGUUACCUUUGACAGUGACGCUGCCGUAGAGAAAUGCCUGCAAUACCAUCCGCUGGAGAUCCUUGGCAAACCCAUCGAGGUCAAGCGCGCCCAACCCAGAGGUAAGAUGGGCGAGGACGACGAUUACGGCCGCGGUCGAGGAAGAGGCAAGUUCGGACGUGACGACCGCUUCAACAAUGACAACCCCCAGAUGCCGCAAAACCCGCAAGCGCCAACUCCCAACAUGAUGGGCGGCACGACUGGAAUGACCCCACAGAUGAUGGCACAAUAUUGGCAAAGAAUGCAGCAAUACUUUGCCAUGAUGCAGCAGCAGAUGGCCGCCAACAUGAUGGGUAAUAUGGGAGGCAUGGGAAGUAUGGGCAUGAAUCCGCAGAUGAUGGCGCAAAUGCAAAUGCAGCAACAAAUGCAGAAGAUGCAAGGAGCAAACAGCCCCAACGCCCAGAACGCCGGCGGCAUGGGUAACAUGCAAGGCAUGACUCCUCAAAUGAUGCAACAAAUGAUGCAAAUGCAACAGGGGGGCAUGAACAUGGCGUCAAAUCGAUCGCCCAUGGGGCCCGGCAAUGCGGGCGGCCAGCGCAGUGGCUUUUCGGCCCAAGAGCAGUUGGCGUUUGAACAGCAGAAAUAUGAACAACAGCAGCAGGGACGUCGCCAGGGAGGCUUUCCGCAAGGCCCUCGUAGCGGCGGAUUUCAGAAUCACGGAGGCGGGCCACAGUCGUGGGAAGGCAUGUACGACGACGUUCCUCAGCCAGACGGCAAUGCUGGUGGCCGAGGUUCAGCAGGGCCAGUCCGCCAACACACGCCCAAACCUUUCAAAGGUCCCAGUGGCCCGUCUCAGCCGAGUGCAGCUCCGGCCAAUGCGCCUACUGGUCCCAAGAAUGCAGGCAAACCAGGAGCAAAUUUUAGGGGGGGAAGGGGCCGGUACCAUCCCUAUGGAAGGUGA